AUGGGCACCCUUGACUCAGACAAUGUCUCCGAGUCUGACACAUCAGAAUUUUCUCAACAUGUCUUACCUACUCCCCUUCGUCGCUCAACUAGACCACCAACCCCACGUAAGAGUUUACCCGGGAUGGUCCAGCCUUCCGCCGAUAGUCGAAUUACUGUACCCUUACCUCAAGGCCCUGGUUCAGUCUCUGCGCGCAAGAGUCGAUCACGGAAUGUUAAAACUUCUGAUAGUCAAAGUCUAACCAUCAAUUCGAGUCCCCCUGGUUCUCAACCAUCAGUACCCCGUCGAAAGAGAAAAAACACAGCAUCACAAGCGACAGCAGCCCAAGGCUCUCAACCCACUCUCCCUGUCAUCGCCAAGGAGGAUGAAGAAUCCGAUCUUUCCACACCGAUUGUAAUUGACAUACCCGAAGAAGAGACUAAUGUACCAGAUGAGGUUGAUACCGACCACGAUUCAGAAGGUGACGCCACCGCCAAAGCAGCUCCUGACUAUGAUGAAGAAGAGGAGAAUCAGGCCGACACGGAUGAUCCUACCAUUGCGCUUGAAGCCCCAAUCCUCAACGGGUCUCACACUAACUCUUCCAGGAAACACGCAAACAGAUUAAAUGGCUUGAUUAGCAAGGCAAACUUUGUGUCACGUCGGGUUGCUCGUUUGGCGGCAUGGAGGCUACACUAUUCUAGAAUCGCGAAACGCAUGAGUUUGAAACUUCUGCCGUUGACUCCUGGUUAUAACGCCACCCGUUGGAAUGCAGAAUUCGACUCGCUCAACCGAUUGGUGCAGGCACGUAAAGUUGUCAACAGACUCUUAGCUGAUGACCUCAACCUAAUCAAGAUGAAGAAACGCCGAAAGGACAGCAAGAAGCCUCGUGGAUAUUUCCACGAGAUCUUUUUUUCACAAGAUGACUGGACCGCCCUUGAGGAAUUGACCAACGAACUGGCGGUAAGUUUGAUUUCGUAA